AAGAAAAGUUUCCGGUUAGAUCAGUCGGCAGUCGGCAGUCGGUACAAUCAGAAUGGUUUACCAACUAAAAUUAAGCCACGUGGCAUGGCUUACCCGCGUCGUAGUGGUCGCCAACGCCGUGUAAACAGCAGAUUAAUGGGCCCCACAUCCCAGAGAACCGCAGAAUUCCCAGAUCAGAGAGAAAGAGAAGAUUGUGAAACGAUGCCGUACUACACCAGAGAAGAGGAUGAGGUCGACGAUUUCGACGAGUUCGAUCCAACGCCGUACAGCGGUGGCUACGACAUCACCGUGAUCUACGGCCGUCCGAUCCCUCCCUCCGACGAGACUUGUUACCCGCUCUCGUCGGGAGUCGAUGACGAUUUCGAAUACGAGAGACCUGAAUUCACCUCGAUCCAUGAUCCAUCUGCCUACGGCGAAGAAGCACUUCAGACUGAGUACAGUAGCUAUUCGCGACCCAAGCCCAGACCCGCAUUUCGACCCGAUUCAGCCGGAGGCGGUCAUGUGCAAGGUGAGAGACCAAAUCCUGGUUAUGGAUCUGAAUCCGGUUAUGGCAGGAAACCGGAAUCGGAGUACGGAUCCGGAUAUGGUGGUCAGACGGAGACUGAAUACGGAAGGAGACCUGAAUCGGGAUAUGGUGGGGAAACGGAGACGGAGUAUGGUCGGAGACCUGAACAGAGAGUCGGAUCUGGCUAUGGUGGUAGAACAGAGACUGAAUCCGAGUACGGAUCUGGUGGAAGAACCGAGGUUGAGUAUGGUCGGAGACCUGAAUCUGGAUAUGGUGGGAGAUCGGAGACCGGGUAUGGAUCCGGGUAUGAGAAGAAACCGAGCUUCGGUGAAGAGAGGAGCGAGUAUGAACGUAAGCCUAGCUAUGGAAGGUCUGAGGAACAGGAAGAAGGUUACAGGAAGCCUAGCUAUGGAAGAUCUGAGGAUCAGGUUGAGAGUUACAUAAAGCCCAGCAGCUAUGGAAGAUCUGAGGAUCAGGAAGAAGAAGGUUACAAGAAGCCUAGCUAUGGGAGAUCUGAGGAACAGGAGGAAGGAAGCUACAGGAAGCCUAGCUAUGGAAGAUCUGAGGAUCAGGAAGAAGAAGGUUACAGGAAGCCUAGCUAUGGGAGAUCUGAGGAACAAGAGGAAGGAAGUUACAGGAAGCCUAGCUAUGGAAGAUUUGAGGAGCAGGUGGAGAGUUACAUAAAGCCUAGCUAUGGAAGAUCUGAGGAACAGGAAGAAGGAAGUUACAGGAAGCCUAGCUAUGGCCGUCGCAAUGAUGAUGAUGAUGAUGACCAGCGCAGGAACCGUUCCGGUUCCGGUGAUGAUGAGGAAGGGAGCUAUGGCCGAAAGAAAUAUGGUGGCAAUGACUCUGAUGAGGAUGAGGAGAAGAAGCAGCAUCGUCACAAGCAUCACCACCAGAGGCGUCGUGAUGAGGACGAUGACUAAAUCCCUCUCUUAGUGGUGGAGAGUGCUAUGAUAAAUGAUUUUGCUUAGCUUCUAAUUUCUACUAAAUAAAGAGCUAAGUCAAAUAUCUUUCGAUGAUGUUGGUGUUGUUUGUUUGAAUCUUGUUAAGAUACAGCAGAGUCUGUGUCACACUAUGUGUCUGAUUUUGUUUCUGGUUCAUAAUAAGACCUUGAAGUGGUAUUGGGUCACCAUGUAACUGUGUUUUGUGUUAUGAUACUUUUAUCAUUUUUUAUAGUUAUGAAUUAUGAACAUGGCCUAUAUUGUUUUGUUUUUGUUUUCAGCAUUUAUAUAUCAAGAACUAUCGCCGACAAGGAAAAUAUAUAAAUGCUGAAAACAAAAAAGCUAGAUGCAAUUUUCUAUUUUUUGUUUGUCUCCACUUAUGUUAUGUUUGAAAGUUCAGCUAGAACUGGUCACAUGUGGUCUAUGAAAGGUAAAUAAGAUCAAAAAUGU